UCGGCAUAUUGAUGUUAUUUGUUUGAUACAUCAAAAUAGGUUUAGAUUUCCAACUUUGGACCAUAAAGUGUGAUUUAUCAAGCUAGAGCGCACCAUGUGUUAGAAUUCUGCCAUAACAACAACUCGGGGCGUGCGCACACCAAGCCAGCUGUGGACGGGGUGGAAUCGAGAUGAGAAUACCAAGCAGGUACCUCAUGUUUCAGUACCAGCACCGGGCUGAGUUGAGAAUUGCGCACCCUUCAAACUUGGCUUGGGACCUCAGCAUGUGAGCGAGCUUUGCAGGAGGAGGAUCCGCCCAGAAUGUCAGUUCUGAAAAAGGUGCUGCCAGGCAUACUGCAGAAGCACUGCUGUAUCUUACCAGACAGAAACACAGGUAUGAAGAGGCUGCUGAUGAAAUUGAAGAGCAGGGAGAUAUAUUCAGACCAGCAGUAUUCAUGGACACCCUCGCGGUACUUCAAUGAGGACAGUUACUUCCCUCCAGCCAGGAACAUGAAGGGACUCUCUGGUGGCCGCCCCGCCCACCUCCAGCUCACAUCGACCACCUCGGCUCACACCUGCGGCCUGGCUGAAUGUGACCAUUCCCUGGACCACCAUCUCCACCAUGGCGACCUACGGUCACCCUCUUACCUCCUCAGCCCUACUGAGAGCUGUGCCCUCGAGAGUCACCACCGCUGUUCCCCACGAAGCUCCAUCCACUCCGAGUGCAUGAUGAUGCCGGUGUCCUUGUCGGCCACCGACCACUCCAUAGCUAGUAGCACUUUCCCUCGCAUGCAUUAUGGCAGCGCUUCAAGGGAUGGCGGUGGGAACACUUCUGGUGGGAGAGAUUCCCGAGACGACGGUGGCUCAUCCUCACACGGUGGCAGUGGGAAAAUGAACCGAAUCCCCGCAAACCUCUUGGAUCAGUUUGAGAAACAGAUGCCGCUGCACAGAGACGGCUUCCACACGUUGCAGUACCAACGCACAUCCACCACAACCACCACUACGGAGCAGCGCAAUGAGAGCCCCGGGCGAAUUCGCCACUUAGUCCACUCUGUGCAAAAACUCUUCACGAAGUCGCACUCUCUGGAAGGUUCGUCCAAGAUGAAUGGCACCAAAAGCGACUCACACAGGGACGGCUCGCACCACCACCAUCACCACCACCAAGGCCACCACAAACACAGCAAACGCAGCAAGAGCAAAGAGCGGAAGUCCGACAGCAGCGGAAAGCAGCGCUCCGGAGGAUGGUGGAGCUCGGACGACAAUCUGGAUAGUGACAGCACAUAUAGAACGCCGAGCAUCAUGUCGCGGCAUCCAGUGGACCACAUCAGCCACUGCUACCCUGACUCAGUGCAUAGCCACCUGGCUGGGGAUCUCUCACUGAAGACCUCUAAGAGUAACAAUGAAGUCAAGUGCUCAGCCUGUGAGAGCAUUAGCAUGGCGCCAGAGGGCAAGUUCAUGAAAAGGAGCUCCUGGUCAACACUUACGGUCAGCCAAGCCAAGGAGGCCUACAGGAAGUCCUCACUCAACCUGGAGAAGCCGAUGAUACCAACUGACCUCAAAUCCAACCUGAGGCAAUGUCACUAUCUACAGGUCCCCCAGGAUGAGUGGGCGGGCUAUCCCGGCGGUGGGAAGGACGAUGAGAUCCCCUGUCGUAGGAUGCGGAGCAGCAGCUAUGUUAAAGCCAUGGGGGACGAGGAGAGCGGAGAGUCGGACUCCAGCCCCAAGACCUCACCGCAGAAGUCUGUGCGGCCAGACGCUCUGGUCAAAGCCAUCAUCAGACCCAAGGACCUGCUGGACUCUCAGAGCUCUUACCGCCUGGAUAAAAUCAACAGUGACAUGCAUAACUACAUCACCAAUUUUGCUGCAGACUUGAGUCAGAGCUACCGCUUGCAGGCCAGGGAGAUGCACCCCAGCUUGGCUCUGAAUCCUUCCACCAACUACAACUCCCCCAAGUUUCGCUCCAGGAACCAGAGCUACAUGCGGGCCGUCAGCACGCUCAGUCAGGCCAGCUGUGUGAGCCAGGUGAGCCAGGUGAGUGAAGCCGAAGUGAACGGCCAGUUUGAGUCUGUGUGCGAGUCGGUGUUCAGCGAGGUGGAGUCCCAGGCCAUGGAGGCUCUGGACCUGCCUGGCUGCUUCAGAACCCGGAGCCACAGCUACUUGCGAGCCAUCCAGGCUGGGUACUCGCAGGACGACGACUGCAUCCCGCCCAUGGCGUCCACGGUCACCUCCACGAUCAGGUCAACCACAGACAGAAAUUAUAUGCAGGAAGAUUCACGUUUGCCCGACCAGGAAAGUAUUGAUGAGGAUUUGUCGGACACGGCUCCCCUGACUCACGAUGAUCUUGGCUGCCCCAUCAGGAGAGACAGACUGUUCCACCAAGAUCCAAUGGGGGCUGCAGCAAAACCUCUGUCUGGGCCGCCUGUUUCUCCAAGCCUCUUCAGGUCACCGAGAUCUAACGCCGCGGAGCGACCAUUGCCAAAAGACAUCCAGGCUAGCAUCAAAGAGUCAGCCACUCUGGCUGCAGCUAUCAGCAUGCAGUGGAAGGAAGAAGUUUCAGCCAUGCGUCGAGAGCUGGCAGAGCUCAGGAGGGACUUAUGUACAGAGCUCCGUGCUUUCAACAGUAAUUUCAACACUUUCACACAACAUUACAACACAUGGUCUCCCCAAGGUGGCGGCAAGGCGGCGGGCUCUAGUGCAAGCCUGGAAAAAGUGGCUGGAACUGGCUCAGGGACAGCAGCAAGAGCUGGGGCAGGCCUAGGGACCGCAGGACUUGGAUCUCCUACCACAGAGAAAAGCUCUGGGGGAGCAAGAGAGAAAACAACCCUGGUAUCUAAAGUAUCAGUGGGAACUCAGGCGAGAAGCAAAGUCCUGGUCAGGCAAAGCACCGCAGAUGCAGCGGUUAACUGUCCCGAAGAAAAGGAGGAGAAGAAAAGUGUUCGCCGAGGUUUACCCAAACAGCUCUCCAUGGACCCGAGCAUCCUCGCAUGUCCUCAGUCCAUGUUUGUAGAGAGUGCCAUUCCACUUUCUUUAGAUCCAUUACUUCCUGGUUCAUCUAGAUCAUUCCAAAGAGAGACAUUUGACUCAGCUGCUGUACCUUCUACACCUAAACCGGAGCCAGAUCCGGUACCGCCAGUCAGAGCGCUUACAGCCCCGUCAGAUCUUGUCACGCAUGAGCAAGAAACUACAGGAGAUGCAGCUCCACUGCUGUCAGAUAGAGCUCACCAAAGCCCUCGGGGGUCAUCAACAGCAACAGAAGAAAUGCUAAUCACACCACAACUAAUGGGUGUCAUCCCAUCUAAUGAGUCCUGUUCUCAACAAUCUUACCCUGAUAACGUGAAAUCCAAAGACCCAGAACUAAUAGAAAGAGAUAAGAUCCAGCUACCACAUCCAGUCCCAACAGUCACUGUGUCUCCGCCAGAGGAGCACGAGGAUGGCAUCGAAUAUUCAGAGCCUCCUGAUUCUGUUGCUGAUGAUAAACCGCAACCUUUUCCCCAAGAGCCCACUGCCACGUCUCGGCCUAUCUCAGGAUUAGCAGGUUCAGAGUCAACAGAGAGGGGCUCAAAAGCAGCAAACCUGCCGACUGACUGUAAAUCAGAUUCUUUUACUCAACCAUCAGUUUGCGAUGUUCCUUCUCAACCGCGUAAUAUCGUGACAUCGUGUGAUUUACAGACAUGUCCAUCCAUUGUGGUGUCAGAGUAUCUUGAUUCAGACUCACCUACGAGUCCCACAGACAGCGAAGCAGAGCUACUCCCAGCUAUCCCAGUUCCUGAUCAUCCUUCGGAGUCUCCUCCAGAGCAAAUCAUAGCCAUCUCAACCUUUGCUUCCGGGUCAGUAGAAUCUCAACCAAACCCUGAACUCGAGCCCCAAGACUCAGAGUGGCCUCCUCUACCAGAUCCACUGGACAACACCCCCAUUUAUCAUUCUGAUUUAGUCCAUUUUGACUUAGUCAUGCUGACUUCCUUGGAUCAAGAUGACCUUGACUCCGUUUUUAUGGAUCCUGAACCGGAGCCGUUUAAUUUGAGUGCAGACUCUUCAUUUAACACUGAUGAUUUGGAACCGCCCGCGUACCAGUCCGAUUCACAGAGUCCCUCCACAGCAACCGUUGACCUCGACACAAAGUGCUUCAUGGAUCCAUCAGCUGACUUGGAGUGUCCGGAUCCAUCUGUGGACGGUCCCUUAUCUCACAUGACUCAUAAUGUAGCCUCACAAUUACACGAAGCCCUUUUUCCUCGAGUCAUGGUCACAAUAUCCCCUCCCAGUUCUGUUUCUCCAGAUUCAUCCCUGGAAAUCGACUUUGGACCAACAAGCCCAGUAGCAGAUUCCGCUCAAGCUGACACAGAACCCUCGUCCCCAGAUUUCCAAGAGUUUAUGCAGCCAGAUGAUAUCGUUGCAGAGACACUGGCGACUGCUGGGCUUGUAGAAGAGGAGACCUGGAGCAGUAGAUCCUCAUUUGAGCAGGCUUUUCUGUGGCACCGGUGGCAGAGGAGGGGCAGGAGGAGAGACUUGAUCCAGAGGAGUGCCAGCGUGGAACUGUGGACUGGUCGAUACGACUACAACAGCUCAGAAAUCACAUACGUGUCCCUCACUUUGUGAGCUUAUACCUCAUUCUCAGCAGACGAAAUGUAGCUCUAGAUAGGUUUAUAGCUGAUGGCUGGUAGCUGCUUGUGCAAAGGGGAGAGACGCAGAUCUGGCCACAAUUCCAGACGUCCCUCCACGCUACGUCCCUACGAAGAAUGACUGCACUGGUGGCACUUCAUGGAUCACAGAAAACUAACUGCAAGGAAUAACGCUUCAAGUGGAGACACUGACAACUUAAAAAAGGAUGCGCCUCAGUGAGGCGGUUUCUAUCGUUGUGAAUCAUCUUCCAGGACUCUGAGUUUGAAUGUUCUCCUUAAAACUCUCAACCAAACUAGUGAUGAAUGUUUUUGUACGGUUACAUCAAAAACGUCUUCAGCCUCCAUGAUUAGAGACUCUUUUGAAGAGCUCUGUCCUAAACCGUUACGUGCAAAAUGUUCUGCGACAAGAUCUCGACAAUCUGCUCAACGACGGCUGAUAAACCUUUUACUCCUCGACGUGUCCCGAGUGAAGUGAAUCUCGGUAGUUAUCAUAUAACUAUAAACACUGUUUACCGCAUGAGCUGUUGGAUCUGCAGUCUCAGAGAAAAGAGAGGAGGUGAUGCUGUGAAAUGGCCUUUGCACAUUAUUAGAAAUAGAUUGGAUACUGUCAUGCGACAGCUGUGGCAAAUGAGGGUUUUGAGCUAAUUAUGGGGUUCGGUAAAUAGCUUAGAAACAUGUAGAAGCUGCAAAUUGACUUAAAUCAAGUAAGAUUUUGUUCAAAUAUUCAUAAAAACUGAAUAUUUAUUUCUUAAUUUGUCAGAAAGUAGAAAACGAUCAGUAAGUGUAGCAUGUGCAAAAGAUUAGUUAGUGGUUUAUUUCUAAAAUCUGUAAAUUUUAUUUUCUUAAUUUACUGGAUUUUUUUGGGACCUAAAUAUGGUUUUGCACAGGAGUGUCCAUUUUAUUUUUCAUGAAAUUCCAAAAUAAAAUAGCAAACAAGUAAAGUUAAGAUAUGUAGCCUCUCUGAAUGCACAACGUCACCACAUAUUUUUGCUGGACUGUAAGUAUAUAUUUGUUUAUUUAACAUGCUGAAUCAGUGGUGUAUAUAAACUAUAUAUAUAUAUAU